AUGGCAUGCACUUCACUAUCAAUUCCUAUCUCUCCGGCUAACUCAACCAAAAGAAUAAACCUCAUCUUCAAAGACCACAUUCGUAUCCGCAGGUCUUGUUCAGAUCAUAACCAUCUUUGUUCUUGCACUAAUUGUAUUCGUGCCGCAUCAACACAACCAAACAACAGCCGUUCCAUAGGAAUUUUCCCUUUUAAAAUUUCAAGUUCCAUUGUCCCAAAUUGUCUUGGCUCAUUUUUGUUUGGUCCGUAUAAGCCUAUUGACAUAGUGGAAAAGAACAUGAACAUGAAUAUGGUGGAGAAGUCUGGUAAUGACGGAGAGGAGAUAAAGAGAGUUAAUUGGAUGGAGAGGCUUGUGGAACUCAGAAGUAACUGGAGUAAUAUAUGGCAGCAAAAACAGGUUGAGGAUGAGGAGGAAGACAACAAUAAUGGAGAGGAGGGUUGUUGUGCAGAGGGUUGUACUUUAAAAGAAAAGAAUGGAGAAAUGGGAUACAAAUCAUAUGAUCCUAAAUCUUUCUCAAGAUUUUUGGUUAGAGUUCCAUGGUCUGAAACUAAGCUAUUUUCUAAACUAGCUUUCUUGUGCAACAUGUCUUAUGUGAUACCAGAGAUCAAGGGCGAGGUUUUGAAGAGAUACUAUGACCUACAAUUUGUAACAUCUUCAUUCGAAAAGAAAGCCGAGGCAGCUGCUUACAUGGAAGCUUCAACAAUGACAGUAGUGGCUGCAGCAGCAAGCGAAAGUGAAAAACAUGAGACGGUGAAGGACUUUCGAGCAGGCCAGCAUUCCUCACCAUGUGAAUGGUUUGUUUGUGAUGACUCUAGUACUUUUACUCGCUGCUUUGUGGUUCAGGGACUAGACUCCCAUGCAUCUUGGCUGGCAUACCUCUUAUUCGAACCAACCAAAUUUGAGGGGACAAAUGUACUUGUUCACAGAGGAAUCUAUGAAGCAGCAGAGGCAAUGUACGAGCAAUUCAUGCCAGAAAUAUUAGACCACUUAGAAAGAAAUGGUGAGCAAGCGAAGUUACAAUUUACUGGCCAUUGCAUUGGAGGAAGCAUUGCUCUUCUAGUCCACCUGAUGCUUCUCAUUAGGAACCUUGUCAAACCCUCGACUCUUCGGCCAGUUGUCACAUUUGGCUCGCCAUUUGUGUUCUUCAGAGGGCACAAAGUACUUGAGCAGCUGAGUUUGGAUGAGAGUGAUCACAUCCAUUGUGUGAUAAUGCAUAGAGAUAUUGUCCCUAGAGCCUUCUCCUCCAACUACAAUAACCAAGUGCUUACACUCCUCAGGUGUUUACAUGGUUCAUUUCAAACACACCCUUGUCUAAUUAGAAGUAAAACGUUGUACUCGCCAAUGGGCAAUCUAUUCAUUCUCCAACCUGAUGAAAAGUCAUCUCCUCCACACCCUCUGCUCCCUCCGGGGAGUGCCCUCUAUGUUUUGGACAAAACACAGUGUGGGUGCUCUUCAGGUGUCUUGAGGGCCUUCUUGAAUUCCCCACAUCCACUAGAAACCAUUAGUGACCCUGCAGCUUAUGGUUCAGAAGGUACAAUCUUACGGGACCAUGACUCUUGCAACUAUCUAAAGGCUAUGAAUAUGGUUCUAAGGCAACACACUAGGAUGGUUGUGAGGAAAGUGAGGAAGCAGAGGAAUCUCUUGUGGCCGAUGUUUACUUCACCAUCUCCACACUCAUGGAAUGGUGAAGAUGAAAGUGACCUGUAGAGAACCAAAUUGGUAACACGGGAAUGGUGAACUUAAUUGUUUUUUUUUCUUUCGAUU